GGCGCUGCGAGUUCAGUUUUACUUUAUCAUCCGGUGUGUGCGCAUCGCGUCUCGGUCGCAAGACAAAGAACACACAAAUAGAACUUGGACUUCCAACUACACACAGUGUUCGAGUUAAGUGCAGUGAAUAACCACAGUGAACCCAACUAGUCUUCAACCAAGCAUACAAACAGUAAAAUGCAGCGCAUAUAGAAAAGCCAAUCCCAACAGUUAGUUCCAAACCGAGUAGCAGUCAAGCGACAAGCCGCCAAGUGUAAACGCAAAAGAUGGCCACCAACACGGAGCUGCUGCCCUUCCAUCAUCAAACAAUCGCGGUGUUGAACAAUUUGAAUAGCCACUGUGGCGGAUCCGGGAGCAACGGAGCGGCCCCCAGUGGCGGCCCCGGAGCCGGAGGAGCGCCCAGCUGGGCCAUGGACGAACUCUAUCAACAGACUGAGCUGCCCGGUCUGACGCGAACCGGAGCCACCACCACCCACCACCACCUGCUGCGCUUCACGCCCUACGCCCUGCACCACCGACCGCCGCACCACCAGCUGCAGACCUUGCCGCCGGCCCUCUACUUGCAGCAUGCCGCAGCAGCGGCGGCUGCAGCAGCAGCAGCAGCGGCCCACGCCCAGCACCAUCAUCACCAUCACCACCACCUCCCGCACAGACCAGCAUCGCCGGACAGUCCGCCGCCGGUGGAAGGCACCCACAUCAGCAACCUGUUCCCCGAACUCCUCGAGCAGAUCUUCGAGCACCUACCAGUGAGGGAUUUGGGCCGAGCGGCCCAGGUUUGCACCGCCUGGCGGGAUGCGGCCUAUGCCAAGAGCGUCUGGAAGGGUGUCGAGGCCAAGCUGCACCUCAAGCGCUCCAGUCCGAGCCUGUUCAACUGCCUGGUCAAGCGGGGCAUCAAAAAGGUGCAGAUCCUAUCGCUGCGCCGCUCGCUCAAGGAUUUGGUCCUGGGCGUUCCCGCUCUGACCUCGCUGAACCUGAGCGGCUGCUUCAAUGUGGCGGACAUGAAUCUGGGCCAUGCGUUCAGCGUGGAUCUGCCGAACCUCAAGACACUGGACCUCUCCCUCUGCAAACAGAUCACGGACACGAGUCUGGGGCGGAUCGCGCAGCAUCUGAGGAAUCUGGAGACACUGGAACUGGGCGGAUGUUGCAACAUCACGAACACAGGACUGCUGCUCAUUGCGUGGGGCCUGAAGAAGCUGAAGCACCUCAAUCUGCGCUCCUGCUGGCACAUCAGCGACCAGGGCAUCGGCCACCUGGCGGGCUUCUCGCGGGAAACGGCCGAGGGUAACCUGCAGCUGGAGUACUUGGGCCUGCAGGAUUGCCAGCGGCUGAGCGACGAGGCACUGGGCCACAUUGCCCAGGGCCUGACCUCGCUGAAGUCGAUCAACCUGAGCUUCUGCGUCUCGGUGACGGACAGCGGACUGAAGCACCUGGCUCGGAUGCCCAAGCUCGAGCAGCUGAACCUGCGCUCCUGCGACAACAUCUCGGAUAUCGGAAUGGCCUACCUCACCGAGGGCGGCAGCGGGAUCAACUCGCUGGACGUCAGUUUCUGCGACAAGAUCAGCGAUCAGGCCCUGACGCACAUUGCCCAGGGACUCUACCGACUGAGAUCGCUGUCCCUCAAUCAGUGCCAGAUCACCGAUCACGGCAUGCUGAAAAUCGCCAAGGCGCUGCACGAGUUGGAGAACCUCAAUAUCGGACAGUGCAGCCGGAUAACGGACAAGGGCCUGCAAACGCUGGCCGAGGAUCUGACCAAUCUCAAGACCAUCGAUCUCUACGGCUGCACGCAACUCAGUUCCAAGGGCAUCGACAUCAUCAUGAAGCUGCCCAAGCUGCAGAAGCUCAACCUGGGCCUCUGGCUGGUCAGGUGAUGCGUCCACCACGACUGCAAUGCCUGUGCGGCGAAGGAGGCCGCUCGCGGCUCUUAUAAUUCCCAACCAUAGAUUCCGGGCGGGAAUGAAAAGGGCAGACAAGAUACACUGAAAACUCAUAGCUUUCGUUUGCCAUACCACACGCUGUACUACAUUUUUUUCGUACGAAUCGAGCGAGGAACGAGCAGAGAGGCACAAAACAACGCAGCAACAACAAAAAGCAAACAAGCAUGGCGCGCGGGCGGAGUUGGGGCAAAAGGGACAGGGACGGACGACGUCGGGGGUUGGAGCUGCCAGCUCAGCGUGUUUCUAGCUAGCAGUAUAGUAAUGAUGUUUUCACUGUUAGAAACAUUUUUAGUUCGGGAAUACGCUUUGAAAUGAGUGUACAACUAAACUAAACUUAUUAUAGUCGGACUUCCGUAACCUUUCAUGUAAAAGUUAUUAUUUAUGAACACUCAGUUCUCCAAGGUUAGCUAAAAGCCCCCUUUACACGACCUAAAGUUUCAUUGCAGUUUCCAUGCUCAGAAAACAUAGCUUUUGUAGAAGGGGCUUUUGCAAAUGCAAAUGCAUACUAGUAAAACUCAUGCCA